AUGCAAGACAAUGUUGAUGGUGAUGAUCAACGUGAGCGAAUAUUCAAUAUGUACAUCAAGUUGUUGAAGCUCAACAUGGUCCUGUAUCAACAGGUGUCGACAGUGUUUGGUUUGGAGCGUGUCGAGACUGAGCUGGUUCAAUGGUUCAUGGAACGACCACCGUUAUGUAAUGGUGACAAGAAGUCAUUCAACAAGGAUCAUUAUGUCAAUGCAAGACUGGAGCACCUAUGGGCCAUCCCCAACAAGUCCACUUCACAGCUGUUGAUCAAUCACAAACAAUAUGUCCUCGCAUUCGUUGACCGCAAUGUGAGAGGCUUAUACUAUGAAGAAAAUGAAGAGUACAAACAACUUUGCAAUGUCCUGAGCAUUAUAUUUGACGACGCCCCCAACAAGGAUGCCAACCAAAGAUGGUUGAUCCACAAGCUAGAUGAGAUGGCUGGGCUGCAGCAUAAUACUUGGUGUUGUAUCAACAACGGAUUCAAACUCCUCCAUCCCCUCAUCCAACCAAUCGAUCAAUGUCUCAAAUUCUUCCAUCGACUGCUCGCACCAAACAUCAACACUCUCAUCAUUCGUCUUGGUCCAGCAUUCAAACAGUACUACAAACAAUGUGAGCCAUACAUCUUGUCGGCGCUUGAUGGGGGAUUGAAGAAUCUCAUACUGUUACCAUGCAUCAUUAAGUGCUUUGGAGUGGAUGCAAUAGUAUCUUCAUCAGUGCUACUCCUGGAUCAUAUGAACUCAAUACCUCUUGAUGCCAACACUUUUGCAUGUCUAAUCAAAGUCAGUGGUGGCAUGAGGGCAGAAAGACCGCCACCAACACCGAACACUCCACUCCAGCCGAUCAUAUCACAGUUUGUAUUUAAAUCGUAUGAACACAUCAUUGACAAUCAACUAGGUACGAUCAUAGAUGGAUUGAUGGGCGUGGCCGAGUUGAUGAUGGCCGAUCCUCAACACAGAGAGAAGUAUGGUCGACUCCACCACCUCAUGGAUGCAGCCAUCACAGGAUUGUUGCGUGUCAAUCAAUACCGUGCACCAAACGAAGAGGACAUUAUCAACAGACACAGAUAA